AUGACUACCACCACCGGAAGCUGUAUGUGCGGCGCUGUGAAGUACGAGUUCACGGGGGAGCCAAAAGUCACGGCCCUGUGCCACUGCACCGACUGCCAAAAGUGGACCGGAGGAGCUUUCACUUCCAACGCCGUGGUCCCUCGAACGUCGUUCCGAGUUACUUCAGGAAAACCCUCGUCUUGGGACGGCGUCGGCGAUUCAGGAAAGAUUAACAAGCAUUUCUUCUGUCCAACGUGCGGUUCUAGCCUGUACACUGAGUUGGAGGUCAUGCCAGACAUGACGUGCGUGAAGGCAGGAGGCCUCGAUGGCAACAAGGCCGGGCUGGGAAACAAAAUCGACGUCGAGUUUUACACCAAAGACCGGGUGGAAUACUUGAAAGACGUCCCCGAAGCGAAGCAGGAGCCGGCGUUUGGCUAG